AGAAGAAGAAGAAGGGAAAAAAGGACUGAGAAAUCACAGCCGUUCAAAUUCUUCAGGCAGCUUUUUGGUGAUCUUUCUCUCACUUUCACUCUCCAUCAUGGACAUGAGAAAGAUCUCCUGCGCUAUCAUCAUCGCUGCUGCCUCAGCGAGCGCAGUCCUUGCUGCCGAGGAGAGCUUGGCCCCAGCACCUGGGCCCGCCAUGCACAGUGGGUCUGUUGCUGUCGCACCCGCCCUCGGGCUGGUCGGGGCCUCCAUCCUAUCCUUCUUCGCCCUUUACUUGCAGUAGGCCUCACGAGAAAAAGAAGAAAUUAAGAAGAUUCUCAAGGGAGAAUAAGAAGAGAAAGGCAUGUUGGUUGGAUUUUUCUUUUUGUUUGUUUCUUCUUUUUUCUGUUACAUUGAUCUGGAUCAUGGACUGUCCGACCAGAUUUGUAUCUGUUCAUUUUUGUGAAGAACGGGAAUGCAAUAAAAGCAGCGUUGUUCUAGAAAUUUAGUGUGUUUGUAGUGAUGAGACAAGAUCACCUACAACCUCCUGCAUGGGAACUUCACAUGUAACUCGGAAAUGUACGUA